AACGACUUUUCAGCUUUUUAACAAACGUGAGGGCCACUGUUGAGUCCCGGACGUGUAAAGUGGAAAAGAAACUACAUGGCCGGCCGGCCGGCCGAUGAUGGCUUCCACGAAGUGUGUCUAAUUAAUCACGUCCGUAAAUCACGGAUCAUUCAUUCAUCAACACCCAUUACUAAUUCAGAGAGGCCAGGCUUGAAGCAGAUCGAAUUGCAGAGCUCUGGUCCCAUUUCUACUCUCUCUUUCUCUUCUCUUUUCUUUCUGGUCUCGACCAAGGAGGUGAAAGAUGGCAGAGACAGAGGCCGCCGAUAUUCAACCACUCGUCUGUGACAAUGGAACCGGAAUGGUCAAGGCUGGGUUUGCUGGAGAUGAUGCCCCAAGAGCAGUGUUCCCCAGCAUCGUGGGCCGUCCGCGCCACACGGGAGUGAUGGUGGGGAUGGGCCAAAAGGACGCAUACGUGGGAGAUGAAGCGCAGUCGAAGCGGGGCAUUCUCACCCUCAAGUACCCAAUAGAGCACGGGAUAGUGAGCAACUGGGACGACAUGGAGAAGAUUUGGCACCACACCUUCUACAACGAGCUCCGUGUCGCUCCCGAGGAGCACCCCGUCCUCCUCACCGAAGCCCCUCUCAACCCCAAGGCUAACCGGGAGAAGAUGACCCAAAUCAUGUUUGAGAGCUUCAACUCCCCCGCUAUGUAUGUUGCCAUUCAGGCUGUUCUCUCCCUCUACGCUAGUGGCCGUACCACCGGCAUUGUUUUGGAUUCUGGGGAUGGCGUGAGUCACACCGUCCCCAUAUACGAAGGCUACGCCCUUCCCCACGCCAUCCUGCGUCUGGAUCUGGCAGGGCGCGACCUGACAGAUCAUUUGAUGAAAAUCCUGACGGAGCGCGGGUACACUUUCACCACCACGGCGGAGCGGGAAAUCGUGAGGGACAUGAAAGAGAAGCUGGCCUACAUAGCCCUCGACUACGAGCAGGAGUUGGAGACCUCCAAAACAAGCUCUGCCAUGGAAAAGAGCUACGAGCUGCCCGACGGGCAGGUCAUCACCGUGGGGGCGGAGCGUUUCCGGUGCCCGGAGGUCCUCUUCCAGCCGUCCAUCGUGGGGAUGGAGGCUGCCGGGAUUCACGAAACCACUUACAACUCUAUAAUGAAAUGCGACGUGGAUAUCAGGAAGGACCUCUACGGAAACAUUGUGCUCAGCGGCGGCUCCACCAUGUUCCCCGGGAUCGCGGAUAGGAUGAGCAAGGAGAUCACGGCAUUGGCCCCAAGUAGCAUGAAGAUCAAGGUGGUGGCGCCACCCGAGAGGAAAUACAGCGUCUGGAUCGGAGGGUCUAUAUUGGCCUCCCUCAGCACUUUCCAGCAGAUGUGGAUUUCCAAGGCAGAGUAUGAUGAGUCAGGCCCCUCCAUUGUCCACAGAAAGUGCUUCUAAGAAGAAAUGCUUGGGGAACAAACUUGGGGUACACCACAUGUACACACACAGACACUUAUUGUUUGUGCGCGCACAGACAUUAAGUGUUUGUGUGUGCCUAUUUUAGACUUGGUGUACAUGUGGUGUCCCCCUAGCUUCUAAUUUUUAUAAGGACACUGUUCAUGAAUGCAGCAGAGUGCCAUCUUAUAUUUUUUUUCCAACAAUUCUACCUUUGUUUUCUGCCAUUGUGGUUCACAUGCUAUUAUUUCAUGAGAGAGCUUUAGAAGGGCAAAGAGAGUUUAUUUCUGGUUUUGAGUGUUCCAAUUCUUUUAUUAUUUUUUCUUCUUAUAAAUCUACGAUUGUUCAAGUGUUAUAUGUUUCUUCCCAUGUCUCAUUCGUGUAAUGAUCUAUUUCUGUUGUAUACGAAGUUUCAAGUGUUAUUCAGCAAGUUUCAAUCAAUUCAACUUUUGGUA